CGGGGCAGCGCGGAGAGAGCCCGGCGGCCUCUCACCGCCCCCCCCACCCCGGUGCCUUCCCCACCCCUCCCCUCCCCUCCUCUCCGCACACCGCCACCAUGGCGGAGCAGGAGAGCCUGGAGUUCGGCAAGGCCGACUUCGUGCUGCUGGACGCCGUCACCAUGCCCGAGUUCAUGGCCAACCUCCGCCUGCGGUUUGAAAAAGGACGUAUUUAUACGUUUAUUGGGGAAGUGGUCGUUUCCAUGAAUCCUUACAAAAACUUGAACAUCUACGGGCGUGACAUGAUCGAGCAGUACAAAGGAAGGGAAUUGUAUGAGAGGCCUCCUCACCUCUUUGCAAUUGCUGAUGCGGCUUACAAAGCGAUGAAGAGGCGAUCAAAAGACACCUGUAUUGUAAUAUCAGGUGAAAGUGGGGCUGGGAAAACUGAGGCCAGUAAAUAUAUUAUGCAGUACAUAGCAGCCAUUACCAACCCUGGUCAGAGAGCUGAGGUGGAAAGAGUGAAGAACAUACUGCUGAAAUCUAAUUGUGUAUUAGAGGCCUUUGGCAAUGCCAAAACAAACCGUAAUGACAAUUCCAGCAGGUUUGGAAAAUACAUGGAUAUCAACUUUGAUUUUAAAGGCGAUCCAAUAGGUGGGCAUAUCAAUAAUUACUUGCUUGAAAAGUCUCGUGUGAUUGUACAACAGCCAGGAGAACGAAGCUUUCAUUCUUUUUACCAGCUCCUCCAGGGGGGUUCUGACCAGAUGUUACGUUCUCUACAUCUUCAGAAGGAUGCAUCUGCAUACAGCUACAUCUCUCCUGGAGCACAGCUAAAGUGUUCCAUCAAUGAUGGUGCAGAGUUCAAAGCUGUAGCUGAUGCCAUGAAAGUGAUAGGCUUCAAGCAAGAGGAGAUUCAGACUGUCUACAAAAUUGUGGCAGUCAUUCUUCACUUGGGGAACUUGAAGUUUUCUGUGGAUGGUGAUACGCCUCUAAUAGAAAAUAGCAAGGUUGUGUCAAUCAUUGCAGACUUGCUGUCAACAAAAUCUGAGAUGGUGGAGAAGGCUCUUUUGUUCCGAACUGUAGCUACAGGUCGGGAUGUCAUUGACAAACAGCAUACUGAACAAGAAGCCACCUACGGCAGAGACGCCUUUGCAAAAGCUAUAUACGAGCGCCUCUUUUGUUGGAUUGUGACGCACAUCAAUGAUGUGAUUGAAGUGAAGAACUACGACACUACAAUACAUGGCAAAAACACAGUCAUUGGUGUCCUGGAUAUUUAUGGCUUCGAAAUAUUUGACAACAACAGUUUUGAGCAAUUUUGCAUUAAUUACUGCAAUGAAAAGCUACAGCAGCUCUUUAUUCAGCUAGUUCUGAAGCAGGAGCAGGAAGAGUACCAGCGAGAGGGAAUUCCCUGGAAGCAUAUUGAUUACUUUAACAAUCAGGUCAUUGUUGACCUGGUAGAGCAGCAGCACAAAGGGAUCAUUGCCAUUCUGGAUGAUGCCUGCAUGAAUGUUGGAAAAGUUACAGAUGAGAUGUUCCUUGAGGCUCUUAAUAACAAGCUAGGGAAGCACGCACACUUCUCCAGCAGAAAGCUUUGUGCAACUGACAAAACCCUGGAGUUUGACAGAGACUUUCGAAUCAAGCACUACGCUGGAGAUGUGAUUUACUCAGUCACUGGAUUUAUUGACAAAAACAAGGACACUUUAUUUCAAGACUUCAAGCGCCUCAUGUACAACAGCUCUAAUCCUGUGCUGAAGAUGAUGUGGCCUGAAGGUAAACUGAGCAUCACUGAGGUAACCAAGCGACCUUUGACAGCUGCUACCCUUUUUAAGAACUCCAUGAUUGCACUAGUGGACAACCUGGCAUCAAAGGAACCCUAUUAUGUCCGUUGCAUUAAGCCCAACGAUAAGAAGUCACCACAGAUUUUUGACGAGGAACGUUGCAGGCAUCAGGUUGAAUACCUUGGCCUUCUGGAAAACGUGAGAGUGCGCCGAGCAGGAUUUGCCUACCGCCAAACAUACGAGAAGUUUCUGCACAGGUACAAGAUGAUCUCAGAAUUCACUUGGCCAAACCAUGACCUCCCUUCAGACAAAGAUGCUGUGAAGAAGCUCAUAGAGAGUCAUGGAUUUCAGCAUGACGUUGCUUAUGGGAAGACCAAGAUAUUUAUCCGUACACCUCGAACACUGUUCACCUUGGAGGAACUGCAUGCCAAGAUGCUCGUGAGGAUUGUCCUCUUCCUACAGAAGGUUUGGAGGGGCACUUUGGCUCGUCUUCGCUAUAAGAGGACAAAGGCUGCCCUGACGAUACUCAAGUAUUACCGCCGCUACAAAGUGAAGGCCUACAUCCAUGAAGUUGCCCAACGCUUUCGCAAUGUGAGGUCAAUGAAGGAUUAUGGCAAGCAUGUGCAAUGGCCCACUCCACCAAAAGUGCUGCACCGAUUUGAAGAGGCACUCCAGAUGAUUUACCAUAGGUGGAGAGCAGGUGAACUCAUCCGGAGCAUCCCAUCAAAAGACCUACCUCAACUGAGGGCAAAGGUUGCUGCCAUGGAAGUGCUGAAGGGUCACAGAGCUGAUCUUGGGCUACAAAGAGCAUGGGAGGGGAAUUACAUCGCACUGAGACCAGAUGACCCUCAGACCACGGGCUCCUUCAUCCCUGUUGCCACUGAGCUGAAACGGAAAGACAAGUACAUGAACGUCCUCUUCUCGUGUCAUGUCCGCAAGGUCAAUCGCUUUAGUAAGGUGGAGGACCGAGCAAUCUUCAUUACUGAUCGACACCUUUAUAAGAUGGACCCUAUGAAGCAGUACAAAGUGAUGAAGACCAUCCCCCUCUAUAAUUUGAUAGGAUUGAGCGUCUCCAAUGGAAAGGACCAGCUCGUGGUCUUCCACACGAAGGACAACAAGGAUCUCAUUGUCUGUCUCUUCAGUAAAGAGCCAUCUAAUGACAACAGGAUUGGAGAGCUGGUGGGAGUCCUGACGAGCCACUUCAAGAGCGAGAAGCGCGCGCUGCAAGUCAGCAUCACCAACCCGGUGCAGUGCAGCCUGCACGGGCGGAAAUGCACCGUCUCUGUGGAAACGAAGAUUAACCAAUCCCAGCCGGAUUUCACCAAGCAUCGUUCCGGUUUCGUCCUCUGCGUGCCAGGGAAUUAGCAUCCACUCCGCCAGCGCAGCGAGCCCGGGGAGAGAGCGGAGGAAAGACAGACCGGGGCUUUGGUCUCCCUCCCUGCGCCUUGGACCUUUCAAGGGGAAUAAUUUAGAGCUGCUCAGCUGUGACACAGUCAUGCGCCCAAAAAGAUCUCUACAGCUAGAGUCUUAGCAAACCCACAUUCAGGAGGGGGUUUUACUACCACAUGCAGCGAAGGCUUAAAACAGUCAAUGUGGCCUGUAACCACCUUACAAAACAGGCCAGAAUAUCAGGAAAGUGCAUCUGAAUUAUUCCAAAAAAGCAUUUAUAGGUACUUAGCCCUUUCCUCCCUUUCCCACGUUGAUUCUUCCGCCCUCUCCCCUGUUUCCUUCUGUGUUUGUCUGUCAUUUUGCAAUAUUGUGCAGCCUCCACCGGAGGAACCAAAGAAACCGGCUCAGGAAGGGGUCUUAGGGCACCACAUCCUGAUGGAGACGGAGCCCCCUUUGGAGAGGAGGGCCGGCGUCCCUGCCGUGGAGCCGCCCCACGCUCUCCCAGCCCCGCUGGCAUGCACGGGGUCGGGCUGGUCGGGGACACGCAGCUCGCGGCUCGCAGCUUCCCUGCUGGCGUUCAGGAGCACAGAGGCAAGUUGGUGGGAGCCGGGUAGCCCAGCGCAACGGGAGAGUGGGAUUCACAGUGCAGAGGUGUUGGGUUUUUUCAUCUAUCUGCAUUGUUUUUGCCUUAAUUACCCUCUCCAGUGACCAAAGUGGGUUCCCAUUUGGACCCAGCGGCCUUGCAGAGUUUUUAUAUGAUCCUGUGGCUUCUCAGUAUCCCCCGUGAUGAGCUUUGGGGAGGGCUGUUAGGAAGCACUGGCCAGGUCUCUGCAGGGGCCUAGGGGCCCAUGGACCCAGCCCAGCGCUGCCGCGCUUUGCACUACGCAGACACUGCCUCUGGCAGGGCAGGAGCACAGACCUGGCUGCAAGGCUGGAACCUUCCUACAGGUUUCCCGGUUGGGUGUCGGUGGCCCCAUUGCCAUCACCUUGGCUUUUCGGCCAGCAUCACCUUUAGCUGAUGCACAGAGCUUGGCUAACCUCGCUCUUGGUGUUUUGUGUUUAACUAGGGCCGUGGUUUCACCAGCUCUCCUCUGUGCCAGGUACACCACCAAGCUUUUUAUUUAAGGCCAGCGAGCUGUAGCUCAGGCUGCAGAGGUGGUAUUUGAGCGGAGGCAGCUGUGGGGCUGUUGGGAUCCCGUAGACCAGGUCCUGGCGCUGCUGGUCAGGUCAGGAUUUGCAGCCCAUGGGACGCGACCACGGCCAGGGGCAUGUGUGGUGACACCCCAUGGGUGCAACUGAGCUCUGGGAUUUUAGGAAUCAGACGCACCUAACAAACCCUAAAUAAAAUGCUUAAAAAGCCAUGCCGUGGCCUUGGGGAGCAGGGGCAGCCUUUAUCCCCAACCACUGCCAGAGACCUGAGGUUGAUGGGACCAGAGCCCAAAAGCCCAGAGCCACAUCCCAGCCACUGGUGUUUGCUCGUGGGGAGCUGCUCGGGGACGCAGCGUGCCACACACGGGGGCUGCCCUGCGGCCUCCAGAGGCCCCUCCAGGAGCCAGCAAGCACCAGGCACCCUUCAAAGGCUGCCCCACGGCUCUGCGGCUGUUGGGAGGCUGGCGGCGACAUCCCAGCUCCCGACCCUGCCCCAUGCCCCAUGCCCCCUGCCCCGUGCCCCCUGCUCUGUGCCCCAUGCCCCCUGCCGAGUGCGACCACCCAGGGCCCCCCACUGCCCCUUGGCCACCUAAUCCCGGUUUGUGCCCCACAGCAGCAGCAGCGCCACAGCUGAAGCCAUCCCACACCUGGGCAGGAGAGCGCGCUUGCCCUCAUCCCGAGGAAGCGCCAGCAGGAAAGUCCUCGCCAUUGCUGUGCCUUUCUAUUUGCACUUCUCGCUUUUUGUAUCUAACGGUCCCAAAGCCUCCCUAGUGACACUAAUCCGUAGGCAAGGUAGUGGCAGGAGUUUUAAUCAGCACUUUUAUACACUAUCCCUCCAACGAAAUGGUUGUACUGAAUCAUGAUGGACAGCAAUAAAUUGCGUGUGUAGGAAAUUUCUAAUGCUAUGAGAUGAGAUGGCAAUAUUGUACGAGAUGAAAAAUGUCUUUAUAAAAUAUAUUAUCUGUUCCUGCUCUGGUUUUAUAUAUAUAUAUAUAAAUAUAUAAAAUAUAUAUAUUCCUGUUUUUUUUCCCAUAAAUUAACUAUUUCUAAAUUGAAUUUUGAUUUUUCAGCCUUGGGCGAUAAUGCAAUGAACUUUUUUUUUUUUUUUAUAGUUGAUAUUUUAAUGUGUAAAAAAGCAGAAAAACCUACUAUCAUUGACCUGGGUUUUUGUUUACAUAAUUCACUGUCAUAAAUAAAAAGACCAAUUAGUUGCAUCCCA